CGUGAUAUUAGCCACAACAAAAAAUUCGUAACAUUCGCGUAAAAACUUUUCGGUGGUGUAUAUAUUUUUCGCGUUCCUUUUGAGAUUCACCGUCGCCUCCGAGGAUUCGGUGGUCCAUCAGCCCGUGCUUACAAUUUCAAGGGAAGACUGUCAGGAUAUUGGGUAUCAAUAAUGGCAGAUGAACAGCAACAGUUUUUUCUUAAGUGGAAUGAUUUCCAAUCUAAUAUGGUAUCAUCGUUUAAACACUUACGAGAUGAGAAAAGCUUCACAGAUGUGACAUUAGCUUGUGAUGGUCAGACGUGUAAAGCACAUAAAAUGGUGUUGUCCGCUUGUAGUCCUUACUUUAAGUCAUUAUUAGAGGAAAAUCCGUCCAAACAUCCCAUUAUAAUUCUAAAAGAUGUCGCAUACAGUCACCUUCAAGCUAUUUUGGAAUUCAUGUACGCAGGCGAAGUUAAUGUAUCUCAAGAUCAGCUGCCUGCAUUUCUUAAAACAGCUGACCGAUUGAAAGUUAAAGGGUUAGCAGAAGCACCUGGUGCCAUUAAGAGGGAAGGUUAAGAAUUACACUUAUAGUUAUGGAUUUUGGGAAGCGUGCGGACUGAAAGAGAAAAAAAAAGUGUAAUAAUGUAAAGUGAUCGCGUAAAGACAUACCACACACUAUAAAAAGAAACACACUCAAUGUGUGCACAACUCAGUGUCCUCUGGUUCAUGACUUGGAUCAACACACGGCGACAAUGUAAAUUAUGCCUUUUCUUAAUCUCAGUUAAUGUUAAUGUUGUAUUGAAUGUAUGUAUACAGAUAAUGGUAGAGAUGAAAUGUUGAUGUUUGUCUUGAACCCAUUGCGCCAUACCGCAAUGGCGGCAAUAACAUUAAUUAUUUUUUUAAAACAAAGUGCUGCAAAAAAGAAACUAAUAAGUGGGUCAUGAUAGUUUACAAUACAUGCUGACCGAGGCAGUUUUGUGGAUCGAACGGAAAUGUUAAAAGACAACUUUGCAACUACCUGUUUUUUAAAAUAGAUCUACUGACUCACUAUACUUUCCUAUGGGUGUCUUCGUCGCAGAUCUAUUUGCGUGGUAUUCAAAUUUCUCCAGUUUGUGUAUCAAAUACUAACAAAGCAAAAACUUUCUAUGCACAUACUUAUUAUUGAAUAUUCAACAAUGUUACACGCUAAUUUUCGACGGACGAAGAAAUAUUCAAUGAUCAUUAUUCUAUGCCGUUUCGCUGGUACAUCGUUUCAGUGGAUGAUCGUUACACCCUCGUGUUUUGUCGAUACGUGUGCACGAAAUUUGAAUCGUAUCGCGAGUAGAUCUGUCGUCACUCCCGGUAAUCCCAUUGAAGAAUGUUAAAUCAAGUUUACUGGAAGUUGUAACAUGUGUGUCUUGCAUCUGCCCGUUUUCGUUUGUCUAUGUGGGCUGAUAAAUCGAGUCGUUUCUCACCGCUGAAUACUUCGCGAUCGAAGCACAAAAAAAAAAGAAGAAAAGAUUAAAUGAAAGAAAAACCGAUGUUUUUUGUUUCACACGUUUCGAGAUCCCGUUCGGUACCAGUUACCUCUUCUAGUGAUCAUGAUUUUUUACUUAACCAAAUACUGCCAGUAUAUUUGUUACCGGCGUAUUCACAAUAUUACCGAUAGACCAAAUUUAUUUAUGAUAAUAAUAUAUUAAGGGUUGAAUGUCUUAAAUCGAGGAAAGGUUAUUGUAAUAUAAGCGAAGCAAAUUUUUGUA